AUGUUGAUUGUUGUUGGCCACACUGACCAGACCGGCUCUUUCCCGAGUGGGAUCCCGCCGCUCGACGAGACCGGCAGCAACAUGUUCCUAGCCGCGGCGUGCUUCCAAAACGCAUCCCAGCAGCUCACCAAGACACUAGGCCAGUCAACGGCGUCGGCCCCGCAGGCCUACAACACCUUCUUCAAAAGCACGCCCGGCAGCCACAUCCAGGGCUGGAACUGGUACAUUAUCAUCCUGCUAUGGUACUGCGUGGCCGUUGUUGUUGAUGUUGUGCGACUUCUGCGGCACGACUUGUCGGAGGACGGCGAGGGCGCCAGCCCAGAAGAGCACGGCAUGGGUACGCACGGCAUGGGUACGAAGAUCUGCGAGGGCCGGCUGAAGACCUGUUGCAUCCCGAAUGAGUCUUGGAAGAAUAUUUUCAGGGGGCUUUUUGCCAUCUACAUGGUGGUCGGCAAGGGCAGCGAGGACGACGCCACUUCAUUUGGUCAAUUGGUGCCCAUCUUUAUGUCCUCGGCGAUUUUUUUCAACUUUUUCCAGAUGACCAGCGAAAUGAGCAGGCGCUACAGCGAGAGGGUCUAUAGCAAGGCCGGCACGCUGGUGCACGACCCCAGCAGCAGCCGGCUGCACUUUGGCGCGCCGGUCGCGAAGAAAGGGAUCAUGAGCCCCGUCACGCCCGGCUCCACGACGUCGUGGUCGCUGUCCCACAGCCCUGGCAGCACCCAGCCGGGAUACCCCGUCUUUGUCGGAGCGCAGCACGGCCACAACGUGCCGUCCGUCAUUUACUCGGACGCCGGCGACCCGCACCGGACCUGA